UGCUGUUCAACCCAAACUUUCCGUGCGGGAAUACAGCGUGCAAAACGAGUUCAGACUGUGAUGACACGUGCCCCAAUGGUGGGCUGUGCAUGUACCAGCACUUCCAUUACCCCACUUUGUACUGUUGCUGUCUUGAUCCCCACUAAAAUUAUGUUUCAUUAUUUAAUUGUGACAAUAAAUAAUACUCUCUCCGUCCACUUAAGAUCUUCUCAUUGCGCGUUACGAUUAUUUUCAACUCAAUUUAUUUCUAUAUAAGGACAAAAUUUUAAUAUAAAAUCUAUGUAGUAAUAAAAUGUAUUGAGAUGAAGAUGAAGAUGAUGAGUACUCCCUUAUGUGGUGUCCUUACCAUCAUUGCUCUUGUUGCUGCAUUCGGUCCGAUUGCCAAUGGAAAGGAGAUUGUGCGUUGCGCUCGGGGCAGUACUACCGUACCCUGUCAUCAUCAAGGCUCUAAUAAUGAUUGCAUGGAGCCUUGCAAGAGUCGUGGCGGCGGAGUAUGCUAUUCCUUCGAUCUGGAACACGUGAGCCGUUGCUGUUGUGCAACAUAAUUAUUUAUCUAUAUAUAUAUAUAUAUAUAUAUAAUAAUAUGGAGUACUACCCGUGUAUUAGAAUAAGAAUUAUUUCAUUUGAAUAAUUUUAUUGAGAACGUAACUUUCAAUAUUUUACUUUAUGAUAUGAAUAUGCAAUACUAAUUAUGAAAAAUUGAUGACUAAAGUUUAUCCAAUUUC